UCGACGACUGGGUAUCGUUUUCUCAGCGUAAGCUUCUCCGAGGGGGAUAUAGUUUCCAUUGAAAGCUUCGCUGGCUGCAGAAGAGCCGCGUCGCGCCGGUUUGACGCACUGGCGUGCGCCUUCCUUCGCUGGAUCAACUGGUCGGCAAAACUAGCUGCGGCGCUAGCAGGCAACUGGCCCGUGGUGCGCGUACCAUGUCCGCUGACACAGCUGGAGCAGCCGAGACAGAAAAAAAUGCACUCGAGUCAUCGUCAUCGUUAAGCACAAACAAUUUUGUCGUCUUCACAGUGGACCCUUCUACGAUGCUUGCCACCGCACUUUCGACAGGAGGCACAACGAGCUGCGAUGGCACCGCUCCUGAUGAGCCCAUGCUUGCAAGGUCGCCAGCCACCUCUGAUGAACAGCUUGAAAAGCUGCCGAGGACUGAGUUGUCGUCGGAAAACGAAGGCAAGGUUAUUCUGGGAGAUAAGGGUGUAGCAGAGCAGAACGGGGAGCAACAACACUCUUCGAAAGAACCGGAGUCGAACGCUCCGCAAGUGGUGGAGCCCGAGCAACAGCCAGAAGCCACAAAGGCAACGGCAGCUGUGACAGAGGUGCAUGCAGUUGGAGUGCUUGUGACAGAUCCAUCAAGGCCGUCUAUUUCGCCCAAAAAAACUGCCGCUACAACAAUAGCAUCUAAAGCCUUGCAAUCUGCGACAACUCCAACCAUGAGAGCUAGUUCACCGCGGCUAGUGAUGACACGAGCUAACCAAAAAAGUCCAGACUCGCAUCACCUGAAGCUUGGAAGUAAAACAUCCAACACAGGCAACAAGUCGGUCAACCACUCUGACAGAGGCACUUGCGAUAUCUGCCAACGCACUUUUGCACGAGAAGACUUGACCAAGAUCUUCGUAGAACUUAGAAAGUCUGCUGUCGAAGACUCGACUGAUGCUGAUGAUCCGCUCUCCCCGUUUAUGCUCUGCCCAGAAUGCAAGGAACCCCUCCUCCAAGCUUCGACACCAGGUGGCAGCACCAGGUAAACCCCAUGUUCCAUUGUGCUGACCUCUUGUAUUGAAGAUUAUGGCUUAGGUGCUGUCUCAACUAGAAUCUGGAAGUGUCUGUUUCUUUGUGCUCUUUCUUUUACUUGUGCUUUCCUGUGCAUGUAGUGAACAGGUAGUGCCGCAUGGGUAUUUUGGCCCCAGUAUUAAGUGUUAUUCAUUGGACAGUUUACUGAGGUGGUGUGCUACACAAUAGGUGACGAUGUAGGCAGGCCCGUCUUAUUGGGGGGGCGUCUGCACACAUGACUAUGAAUCUGUCAAUAAGCG